AUGAGUCACAAUCGGUUGCAACAAUCUAGUCCAGACCAAAUUAAAGCGCCUAGAUUCUUUCUAAUCUCCGAGAACCCUCGUGAUAUCUUCGUAAUUUUGAUUAGGUUAGGGGUUCUGGUGUGUCUUGUCGUCUCCAUUACGCUCGCUCUCUACUCUGCAUUCUUCAAACCUUCCCGUUGGUUCUUCCCCGACCGCCUCCAGGCCAACGCCCGGGCCGCCGCCGAAGAUGAACGCCCUGCCCCCACCAACAUCUCUCAUAUCCUCUUCUGCAUCGCCGGGUCGGAGAACACGUGGCAAGAGCGCAGCCGCUUCAACAAGCUCUGGUGGCUCCCGAAUGACACCCGAGGCUUUGUCUGGCUCGACAAGGAGCCUCGGUACGAUGUGUCCGGCGCCAUUCCGUUCAAGAUCUCGAACUACCGGUGGAAAAGCUUCGUCCACGGCCAGGCUGCCGUACGGAUAUCUCGGAUAUUCAAGGAGAGCUUCAAGCUUGGCCUUCCGAACGUGAGGUGGUUCGUCAUGGGAGACGAUGACACCGUGUUUUUUCCGGCGAACCUGGCGACGGUUCUGGGGAAGUACGAUCACAGAGAGAUGGUAUAUAUUGGAGAUAAUUCGGAGAGUGUGGAGCAGAAUCUGUACCAUGGGUUUGCCAUGGCUUAUGGCGGUGGUGGAUUUGCGAUCAGUUCAGCGUUAGCGAUUAAGCUAUCAAGGAUCUUUGAUGGAUGCCUUCGGAGGUAUUACUAUUUCUAUGGCUCUGAUCAGAGGGUGUGGGCUUGUGUCAAUGAACUCGGCGUAACUCUCACCAGAGAACCGGGCUUCCACCAGCUUGACAUAAAAGGGGACCCAUAUGGGAUUCUGGCAGCACACCCACUGGCGCCAUUAGUAUCACUGCACCACCUUGACAUGCUAGAGCCAGUGUUCCCAAACAUGACCCAAGUGGACGCCAUACACAAGCUCAUGGCUGCCUACCUCAUAGACCCUUCCAGAAUAUUGCAGCAAUGUUUCUGCUACGACCAUAAGCGUCACUGGUCGGUGUCCAUAUCGUGGGGUUACACGGCACAGAUUUAUCCAACGUUGUGGACUGCUAAGGAUUUGCAGACUCGGUUUCGUACGUUUCGAACCUGGGGAACUCUUAGUGAUGGGCCUUUCAUGUUCAGCACUCGGCCCAUGGGCCCUGACCCAUGCGAUAAGCCCAUUGUAUAUUUUCUGGAGAAGGUCAAGAGGAUGGGGAAUGGUGCAUGGAGUUUCAGUAGCUAUAAGAAGCAUAGGGAGGGUGAGGAUGCUAGAAACUGCACCCGACUGAGCAUCACUCCUGUGGAAGUGGACAGAGUUAGGGUUGCUGCUUUGAAGCUUGACCCCAAAUACUGGAAAAAAGAGACAACUGACAAUAAUGAUGUUGAUUUGGGUGGGAAUGAAGCAGGCCCCAAGGAGGCAAUGCUGUCAAAUAAUGAAUGGAGGCGAAAUAAGGAAUGGGACACUGCGGCUCAGGAUUAG